AUGGAUAACCAGUGCAAUGAUAAGUGGGAUAAUCUUCUCCGAGACUACAAGAAGGUUCUCGACUACGAGCUCCAAUCAUCACAAUCACAAUUGGACGGUUCUGAUCUUCUGCAAUCUUACUGGAUCAUUGACAAACAAGAACGAAAGAAUCGGAAUUUGCCCAGCAACAUGGCUUUUCAAGUCUAUCAAUCACUUAAAGAAGUAGUUCAAAAGAAAAAUCCACAAAGACCUAUUACUCUCCAAGAAGCUACGGUAACUCCUCGUGUGGUACAGCCAGCACCACCACCAGAAGCUCCGCCUUCUGCGGUGGCUCAACCGGCAGUUUCAGGUAAGUGA